GGUCUUUCAGCUGUGUAUGGUGCAACAUGUGUUGGAUGAUUCCAGAAGAAGCUCCGCACGCAGUUUCUUUGCUGUUAGAGGAUCUGUGCUGUUGGACCUCCUAGCUUUUCCCCUGGGCAAGUCGUUUGACAGUCUGAAGACACCUGGAAAUAUUUUUUACAUCUUUUAACUAUUUGUCGCUCCUAAACAGUGUGGGGGUGUAUUUUGCAAUUAAACGCUGCGCACAAUUUAUUAACAUCAGUUAGCCCGUUAGCCGAUUUGUCAAAAUGUUGAGUGUCGUCAGAAACGUUUCAAGGACUCUUCCGACAAGGACCUGUACAAUGAAAAUGUCCUGUUUAAUCAAAAAGGGUUGCCGGAGUGGUUUCCAGCCAGAUGUUCUCAGAGCUCUGUCCAGAAGAGACUAUGCGUCAGAAGCUGUCAAGGGUGCAGUCAUUGGCAUUGACCUGGGAACUACCAACUCUUGUGUUGCUGUCAUGGAGGGGAAACAGGCCAAGGUUCUGGAGAAUGCAGAGGGAGCGCGGACAACUCCUUCAGUCAUCGCUUUCACAGCAGAUGGCGAGCGUCUUGUGGGCAUACCUGCUAAACGCCAGGCCGUCACCAACCCUCAGAACACACUGUAUGCCACAAAGAGACUGAUCGGACGUCGCUUUGAUGACCCCGAGGUCCAGAAAGACCUGAAGAAUGUGCCCUACAAGAUUGUACGUGCAUCUAAUGGUGAUGCUUGGGUAGAGGUUCAUGGGAAAAUGUAUUCCCCCAGCCAGGCCGGAGCCUUCGUACUCAUGAAGAUGAAGGAGACUGCAGAGAGCUACAUAGGAACCAAAGUGAAGAACGCUGUCAUCACUGUACCAGCCUACUUCAAUGAUUCUCAGAGACAGGCUACCAAAGAUGCUGGUCAGAUCGCCGGUCUGAAUGUCCUGCGUGUGAUCAACGAGCCAACAGCUGCUGCUCUCGCCUAUGGCCUGGACAAGACCCAGGAUAAGAUUAUCGCUGUGUAUGAUCUUGGUGGAGGUACGUUUGAUAUCUCAGUCCUGGAGAUCCAGAAAGGAGUUUUCGAGGUGAAGUCCACCAAUGGAGACACCUUCUUGGGAGGAGAGGACUUUGACCAGCAACUCCUCCAACACAUUGUCAAGGAGUUCAAGAGAGAGUCUGGUGUGGAUCUGAUGAAAGACAACAUGGCUCUUCAGAGAGUCCGAGAGGCUGCUGAGAAGGCCAAGUGUGAGCUGUCCUCGUCACUGCAGACUGACAUCAACCUUCCCUACCUUACCAUGGACGCCUCUGGUCCCAAACACCUCAACAUGAAGCUGUCUCGUGCACAGUUCGAGGGCAUCGUGGCCAACCUGAUCCACCGCACUGUGGCUCCCUGUCAGAAGGCCAUGCAGGAUGCUGAGGUGUCCAAGGGAGACAUCGGAGAGGUGUUGCUGGUCGGAGGCAUGACUCGCAUGCCCAAGGUUCAACAGACUGUUCAGGACAUGUUUGGCCGUGCUCCAAGUAAGUCUGUCAAUCCUGAUGAAGCAGUUGCUAUAGGAGCAGCCAUCCAGGGUGGUGUCUUGGCCGGCGAUGUCACUGAUGUGCUGCUGUUGGAUGUGACCCCACUGUCGCUGGGUAUUGAGACCCUGGGUGGAGUCUUCACCAAACUGAUCAACAGGAACACCACAAUCCCCACCAAGAAGAGCCAGGUGUUCUCCACUGCAGCUGAUGGACAGACUCAGGUAGAGAUCAAGGUGUGUCAGGGCGAGAGAGAGAUGGCGACUGACAACAAGGUGCUGGGUCAGUUCACGCUGGUCGGAAUCCCCCCUGCCCCCCGCGGAGUUCCUCAGAUAGAGGUCACCUUUGACAUUGAUGCCAACGGCAUCGUCCACGUCUCUGCCAAGGAUAAGGGCACAGGUCGUGAACAGCAGAUUGUGAUUCAGUCAUCGGGAGGCCUCAGUAAGGACGACAUUGAGAACAUGAUCAAGAAUGCUGAGAAAUAUGCAGAAGAGGACAGGAGGAGAAAAGAACGUGUGGAGGCUGUCAACAUGGCUGAGGGUGUCAUCCAUGACACAGAGUCUUCUCUCCGAUCCACCCGCUCACAGUGUACCAAGCUGAAGGAGGAGAUCUCAAAGGUCAGAAAUCUUCUGGCCAACAAGGAAUCGGAGACGGGAGAGAACAUCAAACAGGCAGCCUCUAAUCUGCAGCAGGCAUCACUCAAACUCUUCGAAAUGGCCUACAAGAAGAUGGCAGCAGAGCGGGACAGCAGCAGCAGUGGCGGCAGCAGCAGCAGCAGCAGCAGUCUGUACUCAGCCACAAACAGCGUCAGUUUUACAGUUAACAUGGUUAGUAUAAACGGUGCACAAAACACACAAUAUUAAUUAUUUCCAAUGGCUUACAGCUGAAUUACCCGCUGUGCAGAGUGUGAGGGAAUUGCAGUAAUUGUACCCAGGAAUAAUAAUUCGCUUUAUUUUGAAACGGGGCUGUGUCGGUUAGCCGUUAGCAGGCCGAAGCUGGAGCCUAAGGUAGCUAAGGCGGCUAACUAAGCCGCGACUAGCUUGUAAAAAUGAUUCAGCGUGUGCGCAUGCGUGGUGAUCAAAGGACCUAGUUUUCGCGUGACGUCACUACCGAGCUCCAUCUAAAAGGGCAAACCUCCUCAG